AUGCUCAAACGAUUUGUCAAGUUUAUGAGUCUCAAAGCCAUUGACCACACCGAUGCCACGUAUGCAGCUCUUAUGCCUACUCACCUCGAAUUGCUGCGAAUCGACUCGGCGGUGGCGGAGCUUAAGCUGUUCAUGUCGAUGACGAAGAAACUACAAACUCGAAAUAUCACAAUGAGCAAUGUUCGCUACCUGUUCGAUGCGGCCAUCCUACGCCAUCCGUUCCUCGACAAUUUUGUUGGACCAACUUGCAAGAAUGUGUCCUCGCCAGUGUUUGAGAGUGCAAUUGUUAAGAUUCAAGGCUCUUGUGAGAAUCAACUUACCCCCGAGGAGCGCAAUCAAGUUCUGCGUUUGGUCAAGCGGGCGGAUCAUGCAUUCGCAGUUGAUGGUCAUACUCGGUAG